AUGCCUUCUCACCAUCGCAGCUCGCCCAGCUCGGGUGGCAGCAGGAGGAACGACUCCGAUGUCGAGCAGCAGCUGCGCGAUGCACUGAACAAAGCCAACACAGAGCUCAACAUUAUCUCCGCAGAGAGAGACCGCUUCGAGACUCGCUACCUGGAGUUGAAGAAGAAGCUCGGGGACAAGGAGGCACCACUGCCCUCCAUCGCCAUCAGCCCGGCGGCCGCAUUACCUCGCGACGUCAAGGCGCAGAUUCAGUCACUCAAAAAGGACCGUGAGCGCCAGGAUGAGCACAUUGAAGACCUCGAGGCCAACUACAAGGCUCUGAACGAGGGCUGGGCCAAGCAGUACGCCAGCCUGGAGGAGCGACACACGGAGCUCAAGGGGCAGUACACAUCGCUCGAGAGCGACUACAAGGCAAUCGACAAGAAGCUCGCCGAGAUGAUCGACAGGUUCAACGCGCCUCAGCCGGGAUCUGCCUCAGGUCCUGCCUCGGCUGCCUCGACUGGCUCCAAAGAGUCCAGCAGCCGGAGGGAUGAGCGCGGUCGCACCCGAGACCACAAGGAGCGCGACAAGGAGGAGAAGCGCGAGGCCAAAGCCAUGGAGAAGCGCCUCGCCAAACGUCUCGAGGCCAAGCCAGAGCCGUCCACCCCGACAAAGGAAUCUCGUCCGCCCCUGACGUCUCGCCGUCGCGACAGCCACAUGGGAGGGCGCUCCUCGUCCACCCACCGACACAGCCAUUCGUACUCGACCAGCCAGUCUUCCCUCAACGCGUCCAACACGGCCAACAUGGGCCGCAGCGUCCCGCGCACACCGAACCCGCUGAGCCCCGGUGCGGGCGGCGUGUACAGCAGCGGCAGCAGCGCCGUGUACGACGAUGACCUCGAGGACGGCAAUUACCAUGCCCACCCGGUUCAUCGGUAG